AUGCCUUCCCCACGCGUCAACCUCAGCGCUACCCCCUCCUCCUCCCGCGGCGAACUAGUCGCAAAACUCAAGUUCUUUUUCCAGGAGGCCUCCACACUCUCCCCCCACGAAUUCGACGCCUGGUUCCUCACUCUCACCGUCGAAGACCGCACAACUGUCCACGAUAUCCUCCAGCCGCUCCACCGAGACUGGCCUAGUCAAGUCGAAUACCCCAACGUUAUUGCGCUGGUGCACUGGUUGCGCAAGCACGGUGCUGAGUACCGGGCGGAGCGAGCUGCUGCCGUUGUGGAUGGUGUUGCAGAGGCUGGCAACAGUGUUACAGCGCCAGAGGAAGAUGGGUGUGAGAACUUGCGGAACAUGGAAGAGAAAGUUAGGGAAAUCGAGGAGUUUUUGAAGGAGGUGAUUGAACGUCUUGCUGGAGCUCCUCGGGAAGAAGUGGCAGCUGCACCUACCGUACCUGAGCCCGAACCUCCUGUUCCUGAACCGACAUGCCCCGGCCCUAUCGACGAGGAGCCGCAGCCGCAACCCAUUCAUCCCCGCCCAGAGCCUGUCGCUGGAAUGGAUGUCCUGGCCGUUCUCGUCAUGGUCUUGGCUCCGGCAUGCUUGGUACGUCUCCUGAUGAUCUUGUUCCUGUUCUCGGUUCUACGACAGGCCUCUAAUGGUAUGCGACGUCUCUAG